AAUUAUCUGUCAGUUGUGAUAUACCCAGUUAGCCAUGGCCGAACUAGCAUGUGCGGUCGUUGGCGCCGUCGAUGUCUGCAUCAGAUCCGCUCAUGAAAUUAAAGAGAUCUGUCGAAGAUUCAGGGCACAUGACAAAGAAAUCGAAGAGAAAACGGUGUUGGUGGAUGCUAUCUGGUUCAGAAUCGAGUCACAGAUGCGAUUUCUCUCCAGAAUCUCCAAGUUACUCGAAGAGGAGCUCAUAAAAAGUCAACUGAGCUUGUUACAUAUACUUGAAGGCAAAUUACGUCAAGCCAUUACUCAGCUCGCGCUGGAGAACUCCGGUAAUGACAUAAACGACCGUUCGCCCAAGCAAAAGAUCAUGGACUAUCUCAAAAAGUGGAAGUGGGCGAUCAAAGACAGUCUGAGAGUUCUAGUUGUCGAGCUUGAGGCAUGGCAAACCCGAUUUGAUCCGACCUGGUAUUUGACGAUACUCAACAGCGAUAAAAUCAUGGAUCUCGAACUUCGACAAGCGAACAGAGAAUUAGCAAAUGAGCUAGACAUACCAUUGGACUUACCGAAAAACCAACUGAACCCACUUACAAACAUGUGGAAACUUCGCUCAGCUUCAAAACCGGACUACCGGGUCAGCCUCUACUUUGAGUGGGCAAAGUUGAAGAACUCGAAAAAUAUUCCAGUUAUGUUUUCAACAGCGAGAGCAAUCCUCCGAGAGAAAUGUGGCCAAACCAAGCUUUAUAUUGCGGAAGCGGUGACAUCCCCCGAUGGGAGUUAUGGACCGCUCGACAUUGGCCAGAUCAGGGCUGCCGUGGAAUCAUUAGCGGGAAAACUUCAGCAGAUCGAUCCGGACACAUUCGGCCUGCUCAGUUGCAAGGGCUUGAUCAACGAUCGAGAACCCGCGACCAAGGCUGUCAAAGGGAUUGAACUUUUGUAUGAUACUCCUCAAAACAGCGCUGUGCCAGCUAGCCUUCGCGGACUUCUCCUGGACAGAAGUCUUGUUGCUAGUCUCAGUUCCAUUGUGCGGAUCGCUAAGCAUCUAAUUCGCUCAGUCAGCUUCGUCCACACCUCCGGUUUCGUGCACAAGAAUAUCCGACCAGAAAACAUCCUGGUAUUUCCGAGCAAAGAUUCAUCGCUCGGCAUGAGUUUCCUAGUUGGCUUCAACCAAUUCCGACGUUCAAACCAACCAACCAACCUUCUCGGAGAUCCGGCCUGGCAUCGAAAUUUAUAUCGCCAUCCUGAACGCCAGGGAACCAAUGUUAUGAAUCGCUAUGUGAUGCAGCAUGACAUUUACAGUCUUGGUGUUUGCUUGCUGGAGAUUGGGCUGUGGCAGUCAUUCGUCCACUAUCCAGGAUUGAAUCCGACCGCCGCACCUGUUACGCCGAUGUCUUCCGAAAUUCAGAUCAACAAUGCAGAUUUCGAGGCUGCCCAUUUAAGUUCUCGACUCCGCAUCAAGGAGCAGCUUGUGGACUUGGCGAAGAGGAAGCUUCCGUCACGAGUCGGGGACGUGUAUACCGAGGUUGUACUAGCGUGUCUGCUGUGUCUAGAUCCGAGAAAUGGAAGGUUUGGGGAUAUAAAUCAGGAGGACAAGGAUGGAAUUCUCGUCGGCAUAAGAUUCAUAGAGCAGAUACUGGCUAGGAUCAAUGGCAUUUCAAUCUGA